AUGCUUAAACUGUACUCGCUGAUAGUGGAGCUGGCACUAAGAACAAGAAGCAUCUUUUAUUAUAAUCCAAGUGGGCUAGAAUGCAACUGGAGGUGGUUGCAACUGCAUAACUUCACCAACCACCCACAGUUGGUGUGGAAUUCUGCACUGCCCUUUGUCCAUCUAAAUCGCCUCUUCAAUAAUGAGCUAUUCGUUCUGGCAUGCUUAGAUGCGGAUUUAGCUAGGAACGAGCUCACAGGAUUGUUGUCCAGUCUAAGUCAUUUAUCGAACUCCAAAGUUCUCAUUGAACUGGUUGGUAACAAAAGCGUGGAACUGCGCUCGAAGGAGUCCCUAGUCAAGGAUAUUCUCUUGCAAUUCCGACAGAAGAAUAUGCUCAACGUCGUGAUAUAUUUUAAGUCCACAUCGCAUCCCUUGUAUCUCUACAGCUAUGACGCAUUCCCCCAAUUCACUCUUCGGCAGCGGGACUUUACAAAAUCGUGCGGAGAUCAGUUGUAUCCCAGGCAAAUCGAGAAUGUCAAGGGAUACAUUUUGCGAGUCAUCCACGAUUUUUCAGAACCAAACACCAUUAUUUAUUACGAUGCUAAUGGGAAAGAGCUUAUUCGAGGAUCCCUUUGGGAUUUUAUAGCUAACUUUGCUUCGACAAUUGGUGCCAGGUUGAAGGCAAUAGAACCAACGUGGCCCCAUGGUCGCCAUCUGGGUGACUCGUAUAUGCUGGAGCUCACUAAGAACAAUAGUGUGGACAUCGGUCUCUUCACUGCACAGGUCGACGAAAGAAAUUCGAAUAGAUUCUACCAAUACUCGUUCCCCAUCCUGUAUGCCAGCUGGUGCGUUAUGAUGCCCUUGGAGCGUCCUAUCCAAAUCCCAGCCAUAUUCAAGCACAUUCUAUGCACUGGCACCAUGGCAUUCCUGAUCAUAGCUCUCAUCUGCUAUUGGCUGUCAUCGUUGGGAUCUCUCUUUCGUUUACAGCGUUGGAAUCGUUGUUGGCGUUUAUCUCCCAGGCUAUUGGCUUUGCUCUUUGUCUGCCUCUGCCAGGCACAGCUGAUGUUCUUGUUAAUCAUGCAUCCACGACAGUUGCCCAUCGACAGCUUUGACGCUUUGCUCGCCUCGGACUUGCGCAUUCUUGGCGUGAGUUCGGAAUUCUAUUUGCUCGAUGCCGCCUUUCGAGCUCGCUAUGCUGCGGCCUUUCGGUUGACCUCCAAUGUUAGUGAAUUCUUCGAGCUGCGAAACAGCUUCAACACUAGCUGGGCGUAUAGCAUCACUUCCAACAAGUGGACUAUGAUGGAGGCACAACAAGAGAAUUUUCAACGCUCCGUCUUUCGCUACUCGGACCUUUGUCUGCAUGAAAGUCUACCCUACAGCAUUAUUCUCGACGAGGACUCUGUGUACUAUCAAGCGCUGAUGUUCUACUCUAUGCGGGUUCACGAAGCAGGACUCUUGGAAAAAUGGGUUCGCAAUAGUUUCUAUGACAUGGUGGACGCUGGUCGCAUGCACCUAACGGACUACAGCGUAACUAUUGAACCGCAACCUUUACGUCUGCCGGACUUUCAGAUUCCAUGUCGUUAUUUUGGCUAUGGCAUUAUUAUAGCUCUAGCUGCAUUUGUGAUUGAACUUCUCCGCUUCUAUAUCAAUGUAUUCUUAGAAAAUCUUUGA